GUCGUAUCCCGACGAUUUAGAUUGGCGAGCCUCGUUCCAGCAGAAUGUCACCGCUCGGAAGAGCUUGUUUGAGACGAUGCUGUCCCCGAGAAAAUCUGUUAGAUCAUCAAUGGCCCUCAAAAACCGCAGUUGCUGUUCAAAACAAUGUGUGUAUCAAUUUAUUGUUGAGUUGAGGGCAACUCUUUCGGAACCCAGGCAGUUAGAAAUGAUUCUUUUGCAAUACGGGAUUUUCAAAGAACGCCUAAUUACGCUAGACGAUCAGUCGCAAUUGACUUCAGUCACACAAUUUCUUCCACUGGAGUGGUUCGAUGACUUUGAAUAUGACCCGAUGUCACCAAAACGAUGGCUGUCGAUCGAUAACCUCCAAGGAUUCGCACUAGUUCAAUUGAUGGAGACUAGUAGGUGGGUGUGGAAAAUGGUAUCAGUGGUCGAUUAUAAUGAUGACAGUUUUCUGUGGACGGUAAUGGAGAACGGUGACUCUUGGCAAGUUCCUCGGCUACGAUUGUUUCUUAUUUACGAAGAUCCGACUACUUUUUGCGAACGAAUCAAAACGGCACUGGAAAGACAGGGUCUUGCUGAGAACUAUCUCAGAUAUUCAUACCUCUUACAAUUCAUGAACGUCGGAGAAUACUUUGACUUACCGGAAACAGUCAAGGAACGGAUUGGUGGUCGAUCUAAUGCUGAAGUACUUGCUGCGUUCAACUUAAUUUAUCGCAAAUUUCACACUGGUCUUGCUUUAAACAAAUGUUUGGAGCAAAACAGCUGGCUGAAUAUAGACCCUGUAUACAUGUUACCAAACAUUGAGACUUCUACUUCUCAACAGGAGUGUCGAAAGCUGUACUGUUUCAAAGAUUCGUUAGCGGUGCUCAAGCGGAUUACGACAUUUUGUCAUCCGGCGGUUUUCCAUGCCAUGCAAAAGGUUCACUGGGAAUGUGAGAUUGUUAGAAAAAUGUCGCUGUUUUUCCUGGUGUCACCGAAUCCGGUUACCUUAGCCGAGAUCAAAACAGCAAAUGUUGCGCAGUUGAAGAAAAUCAUGCGUUAUUUGCAGAACAAUUGGAUUGAGCGCACGACUAUGCAGGUGCAUAAACAUCUUCUGCUAUCGGGUAGAGGUUGGUUCGACGUUUCCGUUGACGAUUGGACAAUAUAUCAGUUCAUGAAGCUAUAUAGAUUUGUUGAGCAGAUCAAGCAAAGGAUGCAAACGGCAUUGCGAGAUUUAGUAUUAGAUUCUACGGACAGUUUUUUCCAUCGUAUUUGUGAUCCCUGCCAACUGUGCCUUUUUGUUGAAGAUGAGUAUAGGUGGGAAGAGAAUCUGAUCGAUUCGCCUUUUGACUCCGGCAAACAACCGGUUUUUUAUGUAUUACUCAAAAUGGGAGAAGAUGGGCCCUACUAUUCGACUAAUCCGGAUGAGUUUGAACCGUGCCUGCACUUUUUGUUCGAUGAAGCUAUUGGACGAUCUCACGAUGUUCAUAUUAUAGAUCCGUCCUUGUUUGGAUCGUUAAUAUUUGCCACCGAUUUAUUUCUUUCGUCCAUUGGUUUGAGGGACCCCGUGAUAAUCAAGCGGAGAGAUGAUUUGGUAUUUUCCUGUCGAAAGGCAAUCAUUCCACUGAAAGCCUAUGCAGCUCGGUAUGCCGAAUUCAAACAACUGUUCUUCACAAACGUAUCUGAAUAUGUCGAAGAAGUCAAAAUCACAAAAAGUUCGCUUCAAGUGAAAGAGGAAAUCUCGUUCCAAAUUCGAAUGCGAGAAAGUUUAGAAAGGACAGUUCCUCUAUGCAUUGUGAUUGGCACUUUUUGGAUCGAUGUGAAACCCCUUCGAGAAGCACUGAUUCAGAAGAGAAGAGAUAUUACAGCUGCUCUCCUAGUUAUGCUGACCGAACGACUGAGAGAUAAGACAUCCGACAUUGUUAGCGACUACAAUGAGAUUAUCGAUAAAAUGUGCGAAAAACCGGCGUCGAUCGAGCACAUAUAUGAAAUACGGGCAUUUAUCGAAUCCAUCCCGGAGAUUCUGCAGCGGCUAGAAGAACGUAUGAAAACGGUUGUAUUCGAAUACGAAAUAUUGGAUUUCUUCCGGUGUGCUCUACCAGACCCGGAUUUUUAUCAAAAGUGGCAUGCGCUCGCCUUACCACAAACGAUCAUAAAGCAGAUAGAUUCUGUGCUUGAGUUUCAUGAAGUCGAGGUGGACAAAUUCCGAAAGCAGCAAGUCAGUGAUGAAGCCGGAUUUGCAGCCAGAGUCGAAGAAAUCAACGUGAACAUUUCCAAGUUUACAACAGUGUAUGAUGUGAGCAAAGUGACGGAAGUGUCCAUUGAAGUGAAGAAACUGUGGAAAUCCAUCAACGAACUGAUUCAGUAUGGAAAUACGCUAAACAAGCGUCAAGAGCUUUUCGAAAUGCCACCUAUUGAUUUGUCUAAUUUAUUGGAAUUGAGAGAUAGCUUUAUAGCUUACAAAGAGUUGUGGAUAUGUGCCGCAGAUUACAUUAAUGCGGAGGAAAGUUGGCGCGAGAAUCCUCUUUCCAGCGUAGAAGUUGAUGUCGUCGCUAAAACCAUGGAGUACUACAAAUCUGCACUAGGGAGUCUGUUUGAUUCUUUCCAAGAACAACCACAGAUUCAAGAUGUCGUACAAAAAUUCCUUAGCAGAAUUGAGUCUUUUCUGCCAAAUCUGACAAUUAUUGAGCUUCUACAACAUCCAUUGCUGGAGCCAAUUCAUUGGGCUCAACUAGCAAAGGCUGCUGGAAUCAAAGUUAAGGUUUCUCUGGCCACAAGUUUUGUUUUAUUUUUGGAAAACAAUAUCGGAGAUUAUUUGGAAGUCCUUCGGAAAAUCACUGUUGAAGCAGAGCUACACAAAGAUGAGGCUGAUCGGUUGAAAGCUGAGGAAGAAGAGAUUCAACGAGUUCAAGACGAAUAUGCGAGAAACCGAGAGCAAAGAAGGUUAAAGCGAACGGAAAUUUAA